CUCAGUUACUGACUCUGUUCUCUUAUACUCCAUUCUUUACUUUCGUGACUGCCGGUGUAAUUCUUCGAAAGCCGGAGACUGGGCGUGGAGUAUAUUCAACAACCCUAUUUGUUAAAAAUUCUCUCAAUUGUUCCGUCGUUUCUUCAUCCUUGUUUGACUUCAUCCAAGGAUUUCAAGCUUUUUUCCGCUAAUGGGGUUAUCAUCACUUACAGAGCUUGACGAUGAGAUUGUGCGUAGUAUGUCAAUUGGAGCAGUUUUCUCCGAUUUCGGUGGAAAGAUCAAUGCUAUUGAUUUCCACCGAACAAGUGAUCUGUUGGUUACAACCAGUGCUGAUGAUUCGAUACGCUUUUAUGACAUUGUUAAUGCCAAACUUUUGAAGACAACAUAUCACAAGAAACAUGGUGCUGACCGUAUAUGCUUCACUCACCAUGCUAGCUCUGUGAUUUGCUCUUCACAGCAUAAUCUUGAUUUAACAGGAGAAUCCCUACGAUAUCUGUCCAUGUAUGACAAUCGUUGUCUGCGCUACUUCAAAGGCCAUCAACAAAGAAUUGUGUCCUUGUGCAUGUCACCAAUCAACGAUAGUUUUAUGUCUGGUUCUCUUGACCACAGUGUAAGAAUAUGGGACCUUCGAGUUAAUGCAUGCCAGGGGAUUUUACAUUUGCGUGGAAGACCAUCAGUUGCAUAUGAUCAGCAAGGCCUUGUUUUUGCGGUUGCUAUGGAAGGGGGUGCCGUUAAAUUGUUUGAUUCACGCUCUUAUGAUAAGGGUCCUUUUGAUACAUUUUUAGUUGGUGGAGACACUGCAGAAGUCUGUGAUAUAAAAUUCAGUAAUGACGGGAAAUCAAUGCUCUUGACAACCACAAAUAACAAUGUUUAUGUUCUUGAUGCAUAUUUAGGAGAGAAGCACUGUGGAUUUAACUUAGAGCCUUCGCCCAGCACAAUAGAAGCAACAUUCACUCCUGAUGGACAAUAUGUUGUCUCAGGUUCAGGUGACGGAAGCAUGCAUGCUUGGAACAUAAACAGAAGAAAUGAGGUAGCACGGUGGAAUAGUCACAUUGGGGUUGCUUCGUGUUUGAAGUGGGCACCGCGAAGGGCGAUGUUUGUGGCAGCUUCAAGCGUUCUUACUUUCUGGAUACCUAACCAUGCCAAAAUCACAGGGGAAUCCAAUACAAAGGAAGCUGAUGUUGCCUCUAAAAUGGAAGUGCUUCCCCAUUGAACCAUAAUUACUACCCACAGUAUUGAAAAAGCUAAUGUUAAUACAUCCAAAUUUCAGAUACUUGUUUUACUUUCUUUGUGCAUUUGGAAUUUGGAUGUAUUAACAUUUGAAGAAUCAAGGAGAAACUACACCUUAGUUUUCCAUUUUUAAGUUUGUUUUAUUUUGUUUUUCAAUGUGAGAACAUUGAAUGCCUCUUGGAGGCAAGCUCCUUACUUUUACAAAAAUGUUUGAUUUGUAUUUAGAGAAAAAUAUUCAUGGAUGAAUUAAAAGUUGAACUACAAAAACUAGAUUAUUUGAGAAAAAAAAAUUAAGAUAGUAUAAUUGUUAUCAAGGGUAAGUUGUUGUAAAAUGAUAUGGAAGGAUGAAUUAAGGAAUUAAUCCCUUUAUUUUGGGAUAAAUGUUUAUCCUAAGGUAAUAAAGAGGAAAUAUUUUCCAUUCUUCACCCUUUACAUUAAGAUGAUGAUCUCUUCUUUUCUUCAUCCUCAUAUCAUUCUAUCACUUUAUACAUCUCUUUCAAAUAAACAUGACUCCAUGUCUUACUUAACUUCUUUACAUGUUUGAUAUUGAAAUAACAACUUGAUCCGUCAACAAAUUAAAAUCAAAAAAAAUUCAAAAAUAUUUUAAUAUUACUGCAAAAGCAAAAUAA